AUGUGUGGUAUUUUCUGUGUGCACCGCUAUCAGGGCGAUAUCCAGGCUUUCAAGCCUGAGGCUUUGCAGUUGUCGAAGUCUCUCCGUCACCGCGGUCCCGACUGGUCCGGCAACAUCACCAAGCUCGACACAAUCAUGUGCCACGAACGUCUCGCAAUCUGCGGUGUCGACACCGGCGCCCAACCCCUCCAAAACACCGACGGCUCCAUCAUCCUCGCCGUCAACGGCGAAAUCUACAACCACCGCGCCCUCCGCGCCAAAUACGCCGACUACGACUUCAAGACCCACUCAGACUGCGAGGUGAUCAUUCCCUUGUACCUCGAGCACGGCGUCGAUGCGCCCAAGUUCUUGGAUGGGAUGUUUUCGUUUGUGUUGCAUGAUGUGAAGAAGAACAAGGUUAUCGCUGCGAGGGAUCCGAUUGGUAUCACGACUUUGUAUCAGGGAUUUAACUCGAAGGCGGAGGAGACUUCGUACUUUGCGUCUGAGUUGAAGGCGUUGCACCCCGUUUGCGACAAGAUUAUUGCGUUCCCUCCUGGUCAUGUUUACGACUCUGAGACCAAGGAGACUCGCCGUUACUUCGAGCCUUCGUGGUGGGAUGCGGAGAAGAUCCCUUCCACCCCCGUCGACUACCAGUUGUUGCGCGAGACCUUGGAGGCUGCGGUCAGGAAGAGGUUGAUGUCCGAGGUUCCCUACGGUGUGUUGUUGUCCGGUGGUCUCGACUCCUCCCUCAUCGCUGCUAUCGCCGCACGGGAAACCGAGCGUGUCCAGAACGCUCAGUUGCAGAAGAACAAGUUCACCGAGGAUGGUUUGGUUGGUGGUGCGCAGAAGGAUGGAACUGCCGAUUUGGCGUCUUUGGAUGAGGAGGCUACGCUUGCUGCUUGGCCUCGUCUUCACUCUUUCUCUGUUGGGUUGCCUGGGGCUCCUGAUUUGAUUGCGGCAAGGGGUGUUGCGGAGUACCUUGGUACCGCUCACCACGAGCACACUUUCACCGUCGAGGAGGGUAUUGACGCGUUGCAGGAUGUUAUCUACCACCUCGAGACCUACGAUGUCACUACCAUCCGUGCUUCUACCCCCAUGUACCUUCUGUCAAGAAAGAUCAAGGCUCAGGGUGUCAAGAUGGUCUUGUCCGGUGAGGGAUCUGAUGAGAUUUUCGGUGGAUACCUUUACUUUCACGCUGCCCCCAACUCUGAUGAGUUCCACAAGGAGUGUGUCGCUCGUGUCAAGAACUUGCACUUGGCUGAUUGCUUGCGUGCUAACAAAUCUACCAUGGCUUGGGGUCUUGAGGCUCGUGUGCCUUUCUUGGACAAGCAGUUCUUGGAGGUCGCCAUGAACGUUGAUCCUAAGGAGAAGCUGUUCACCAAGGAGCGUAUGGAGAAGUACAUCAUCCGUAAGGCCUUCGACACCUCGGAUGACCCAUCAGCCAAGCCAUACCUUCCCCACAACAUCUUGUGGCGCCAGAAGGAGCAGUUCUCCGAUGGUGUUGGAUACUCCUGGAUCGAUGCCCUCAAGGACACCGCGGAGAAGAUGGUUACGGACGAGCAGUUGGCCAACCCUAAGCCCGAGUGGAAGGACGAUGUUCCCCAGACCAAGGAGGCUUAUUGGUACAGAUGCAUGUUCGACAACGUCUUCCCACAACAAUGUGCGGAGAGUGUCAUGAGGUGGAUUCCGAAGAGCGAGUGGGGUGUUCCUUCUGACCCGUCUGGUCGUGCGCAGAAGGUCCAUGACCAGGCUUACCAGGGUGGAGCUAAGCAGGAGUAA